UUCAGGGGUUUCUCCGCUCUGGGAGGCUCAGGCCGGAGGAAAAGGAAUCUGCCAAGUGGAGACCAACAGGAUUGGAAAGAAGGAGAGCUGAAGCCACUCCGCCUGAAGCCCCCGUCUCCCUCCCCUGGGGGCCUCGGAACAGGAAAGUGGGAAUAGACUGGGAUCGGGGGGGAAAGUUCCGGUGGGAAUCUGAAGUUGAAGGAGUGAGCCAAAAUGAGCCAAGAUUGACUUGGCACAGGAAGGAAAGUCAAAAAUCCCACAGAGGUUCACUUUUGACUUUUAACGACUUUUAAGGGGCCUCCCCAAAGCCGGCUUUGGACUCGGUCAAGAGUCCAACCGACUCGGGGAAAAGGGAGGACUUGGGUAAAGCCCCUGGGCCAGAAAGUCACCCUGUAGAGUGACCAAUGCUAAACUGAGCCAACCAGAAACACUAAAGUGUCCACUAUGCCCCACUGUAUAAUCCCGGGCUGGCUCCAUUCUCACGGUCAUACUCCCAUCCUCAUCAAUCCCACCUAACCUCCCAGAACAGAUCAGCGCCUUCGGCAUCCUUUCCUUGCCACUUUAGAAGAGCACUGAGCAACUGCUCUAUUCAGGCCCUCACAACGCGGGAUAAGAACGGAAAGGAAAAUCUCUGAGCACAGUGAGCUACCCUAGGGCGGGCUAGUGGUCCAGAUAGAGGGGCAGAAGGAGGGUCAGCGGGGACAAGGACAGAGUGAGAGGUGAGGUGGCUCACUCAGGGACGGGGGACGCUAUGGCCUUGCUGAAGGAACUUGUCAGAGCCCGGAAUCUGCUUCUAGUUGUCCUCGUCCCACUCCUGCUCCUGCCUCUGCCGCUCCUCUAUCCUAACAGUGAGGCCGCGUGCGCCUACGUGCUGAUCGUCACGGCCGUGUACUGGGUGUCGGAGGCCGUCCCGCUCGGGGCCGCGGCCCUCGUCCCGGCCUUCCUCUACCCGCUCUUCGGAGUCCUCAGAUCCAGCGAGGUGGCCGCCGAGUAUUUCAAGAACACGACCCUGCUCCUGGUCGGGGUCAUCUGUGUGGCUGCCGCAGUGGAGAAGUGGAACUUGCACAAACGGCUGGCUCUGCGCAUGGUCAUCCUGGCUGGGGCCAAGCCUGGCAUGCUGCUGCUGUGUUUCAUGGGCUGCACUGCCCUCCUGUCGUCCUGGCUGUCCAACACCUCCACCACCGCCAUGGUGAUGCCCAUCGCUGAGGCCGUGCUGCAGGAGUUGUUCAAUGCUGACGAAGAGCCAGGGGCCCAGGGCCCUUCGGGCCCCCCUCUCAGCGAAGACGUGGAACCCAAGGGUCUGAGUGAGAAGAAUGGCCAGCCAUCUCUGGAGCUGAUUUUUGUCAAUGAAGACUCGUCGGCCGCAGGCUUCCCUUCUCUGGUGAAGAACAAGGCCCAGCUGGUCGUCCUGUCCCCGCUGGGCAGGAAGUACAGAUCGCAGAAGGACCACAUGGUCUGCAAGUGCCUGUCCUUGAGCAUCUCCUACGCGGCCACCAUCGGCGGGCUGACCACCAUCAUCGGGACCUCCACCAGCCUCAUCUUCCUGGAGCACUUCAACAACCAGUACCCAGCCUCGGAGGUGGUCAACUUCGGCACCUGGUUCCUCUUCAGCUUCCCCAUCUCCCUCGUCCUGUUGGCCCUGAGCUGGCUGUGGCUGCACUGCCUGUUCCUGGGGUGCAAUUUCAAGGAGACCUGCUCUCUGAGCAAGAAAAAGAAGACCAAGAGUGAAGAGCUGUCAGAGAGGAGGAUCCGAGAAGAAUAUGAAAAGAUGGGACCCAUCAGCUACCCUGAGAUGGUGACUGGUUUUUUCUUCAUCCUGAUGACCCUGCUCUGGUUUACCCGGGAGCCGGGCUUUGUGCCCGGCUGGGAUUCUUUCUUUGAAAACAGGAAAGGCUACCGCACCGACGCCACCGUCUCUGUCUUCCUCGGCUUCCUCCUCUUCCUCAUCCCGGCCAAGAUGCCCCGCUUGGGCAAAGAGAAAGGGGAGAAUGGAGAAAGCACUCCAAACGGGAGCUCGGUGGAGCCCAUACUCACCUGGAAGGACUUCCAGAAGACAAUGCCGUGGGAGAUCGUGGUUCUGGUCGGAGGCGGCUACGCUUUGGCUGCUGGAAGCAAGACCUCCGGCCUCUCCCUGUGGAUCGGGCGCCAGAUGUUGUCCUUGAGCAGUCUCCCGCCUUGGGCGGUCACCCUGCUGGCAUGCAUCCUGGUCUCCGUGGUAACGGAGUUUGUGAGCAACCCAGCCACCAUCACCAUUUUCCUGCCGAUCCUGUGCAGUCUGUCGGAAACCCUCCGCAUCAAUCCGCUCUACACGCUGAUUCCCGUCACCGUGUGCAUCUCCUUCGCGGUCAUGCUGCCCGUGGGCAACCCGCCCAACGCCAUCGUCUUCAGCUACGGCCACUGCCAGAUCAAAGACAUGGUGAAAGCCGGCUUGGGAGUCAACGUGAUCGGGCUGGUGGUAGUGAUGGUGGCCAUCAACACCUGGGGAGUCAGGCUCUUCCACUUGGACGUCUUCCCCGGCUGGGCCGAGGCCGGCAACGUCACCGACCGGGCCUGACGCCCCGGGUGGAGCGCGCCUGGCCGCGGCAGCGGUCCGGCCCUCCAGCUGGCCGAGCCGCCACCGGGACCCAAGGGUCUGCCGUCGGAAAGCCCGGCCCCGAGCCCCCCGUCUCGGGAGCCUCUUUCUCCUCCAGCCCCCGAAGGGGAACGGGGAGUCCCGCCGCCACGGAGAGACUGAGCUGUGCAUUUCCGGCUGCCGCUUUCUCCCGCCGUCACAGCCACGACCCAGACGCCGCCUUCGAGUUCUCGUCUCCCGGAUCUUCCCGCUUCGGCCAGCGCUUUACCCCUUUGCCCUGAGACUCUCCCAAGCCCAGCGAGGCGGCGGGACCCCGUCCCCGAUCACCCCGGCCACCAAAGGGGCUGAACCAUUCGCGGAGCAGCCGGUCUGCAGCCGGAAACCCCAGACGUCCUCGAUCUGCAGCGGGCGAAGCGUCCCUUUAAGCAGAGAAUCCCUGCCGCGCCCGACCCGGCGCCUAAAGUGCAACUUUGGGUUCUCCGAUCAAUAAUAAUAAUAAUGUGCCAAGCAAAUCAAGUUGUCCCACGUGGGGCUCACAGUCUUAAUCCCCAUUUUAGA